AUGAGCGCAAAAGGGGCCUCGGUUGAGUAUCUGGCGACGGGAGCCAACAGGCAGACGGCCGUCGCGGACUGGAGCCGGAGCGGCUUGCUGGCGUUUGGCGCCGACGUCAACGUUGCCCUGUGGCAGCCCUACGAUGAUCCUCCGAAAGGCAUAUGCAAGCUCCUGAGUGGACACAAGGAGACGGUCAAGGCCGUGGCGUUCCCGCUCGAGGUGGAGGGCGACGAAGACGCAUAUCUCAUCAGCGGCUCAGAUGACAAGACGCUCAUCCUCUGGAAGUCGCGGCGUGGCAGUCACGACUUUCGCGCUCUCCAGACUCUUGCAGACCAUGAAGGGCCUGUCAACUGCAUUACAGCCGUGAGGCUCGCCGCCGAUCAACCAAGGUGGAUAGUGGCAACCGGAGCGGCUGAUGCCACCAUUCGCAUUUGGAUGCUCGAAGCCGACAAGCUGAAUCUGCUACAAACCAUCAAGACAUCACCAAAAUUCUUUCCCCUAGCGCUAUCUCUCACUGCCUUGGACGAUGAUGCCGACGUUCUUGUUCUCGCUGCGGCCGGCACGCGGGACACGAUCCAGAUCCUGACCGCGGACGCCAGAGUCGAUGCAGUCCAGUUCAGCGUGCAGGCGACGCUCUCCGGCCACGAAGGGUGGAUAAGGUCACUGAACUUUACCAAAGAGACCAAAGACCCCAAGAGCGACCUGCUUCUAGCUUCCGCCAGCCAGGACAAGUACGUCCGUAUCUGGAGGUUCCACCAGGGCCAUGAGCUGCCAGCCCUGGCUGCCUCUGGGGCCGAUCCUUCAAGCGGCGCCUUUCUUCCCGGAAAGUCGCCCUCCAACAAAGCAUACUGGCUCAACUCUGCCGGAAAAGACUGCUCCAUCACAUUUGAAGCGCUUCUCCUGGGACACGAGGACUGGAUCUACAGCGCGAGAUGGCACGGCCACGCCGACGGCAAGCUGCAGCUGCUGUCGACGUCUGCCGACAACUCGCUGGCCAUCUGGGAGGCAGACCCUUCGUCGGGCAUAUGGGUUAGCACAGUCAGGCUGGGCGAGAUUAGCAGAGAGAAGGGCGCCACCACCGCGACGGGCAGCACCGGCGGCUUCUGGACCGGGCUCUGGUCCCCUGACGGCAACUCGGUAGCCUGCUUGGGUAGAACAGGCAGCUGGAGGCGGUGGCUGUAUGAGCCGGCGCAGGAUUUCUGGAGACCAUGCGUUGCUGUCUCGGGACACACAAAGGCCGUGACGGGCAUUUCGUGGUCGAGAGGCGGCGACUACCUCCUGUCCACCAGCUCAGACCAGACAACACGGUUGCACACGAAAUGGACGAUGUCAGGGGCCAACACCUGGCACGAGAUGGCGCGGCCGCAGAUCCACGGUUACGAUCUCAACUGCAUCGACGCGCUGGGCGAUUCGCAGUUCGUGUCGGGUGCCGACGAGAAGCUAAUGCGCGUCUUUGGCGAGCCCAAGGCGGUGGCCACCCUACUCAACCGCGUCGCAGGCAUCGGAGGCUCAAACGUGGAGCACAUGCCCGACGCGGCCAACAUGCCCGUCCUGGGUUUGUCGAACAAGGCCAUCGACGCCGUGGACGAGGACCAGGAGAUCCAGCCCGUCGACGACCGCGACCGCGAGGCCAUGGACCCGGCCUCGAUGGUCAAGAAGUCCUACCUCCAGAUUGACCACCCGCCAUUUGAAGAGACACUGUCGAGACAUACGCUCUGGCCCGAGAUUGAGAAGCUGUACGGCCACGGGUACGAGAUAUCAUGCCUGGCCACGAGCCACGACGGCAAGCUCAUCGCCAGCGCGUGCAAGGCCAGCUCAACCAACCACGCCGUCAUCCGACUCUUCGAAACGGAACGUUGGACCGAGAUCCGCCCUCCCCUGACGGCGCACUCGCUGACGGCAACCCGCCUGCGGUUCUCCGCCGACGACAACUACCUCCUGAGCGUGGGCCGAGACCGGCAGUGGGCCGUGUUCGUGCGAGCGCCCGAGGAGGAGGCCAUGUACAAGCUCCUGCAGGCGAACCCCAAGGGCCACAGCAGGAUGAUUCUGGACGCGGCGUGGGCGCCGUGCGAGAGCCCGGUCUUUGCGACGGCGGGCCGAGACAAGCAGGUGCGGAUAUGGGCGUCGGCGAAGAAGGAAGACGGGGAGUUGCAGUUCACGCAGGCGGCGGCCCUGCCGUGCGGAACGUCCGUCACGGCGGUCGACUUUCUGCCGCGGCUCGUCGGCGGCAAGGCGGUGCUCGCUGUCGGCACAGAGGUCGGGCGGCUGGCUGUGUACCUCGUCAGCGAGGACGGUUCGGCAGCCGUGGAACUGCCACUGCCAGAUGAGCUCAUGCUUCCCAAGACGGUGCUCCAGCUGGCGUGGCGGCCGGCCCGCGAGGGGACCGGCGCGCACACUCUCGCCGUGGCGGGAGAGGACAGCUCGCUGCGCCUGCUGGCCUUUGACGAGACGUAUCUACAGACCGCAGGGCAGUGA